UACUCUUCGACAACUACACAUGAAUCGCUUGUCGAGUCUCCGUCGUCGUCCAUUCUCCGCCUCAACCAGACUGCUUCACCCCACCACCAGAGCCUCCCAUUCAUCUCGGACCAUCUCAACCACCACCCUCCAACACCGCAAAGGACCACCCUCAACCACUCACCCCUCCACCCCUCCUCCCUCCCGCAAAAUGUCCACCUCCACCCCUUCCUUCCCCCCGUCCGAACUCACCUCCAUCCUAACCGAAAUAACCACCCUCCUAAAAUCCCGCUCCGAAACCCUCUCCAUCGCCGAAACCGCCGCAGGAGGCCUCAUCUCCUCCUCCCUCCUCUCCCAACCCGGCGCCUCGAAAAUCUACGCCGGCGGCCUAACCCUCUACACGCUCCCUUCCCGCGUCGCCUACGCCGGCUGGACGCCCGAGACCAUCGCCGCCUACAAAGGUCCCACCACCGACAUCGUGGCCGGACUCGCGAAGGCCGUGAGGAGGGAUUUGAAGAGCACGUAUACCCUCGCGGAGAGUGGGACUGCGGGACCGACGGGUGGGAGUACGAGGAAUCGGACGCCGGGGUAUGUGGCGCUUGCGGUGGAUUGUGAGAGGGGAACUUUUGUGAGGGAGGUGGAGACGGGGUUGGGUGGGGAUCGGGUUGCGAAUAUGGUGAGGUUUGCAGAGGAGGGGUUGAGGUUGUUGAAGGAUGUUAUUAGUGGGGAGGCGAAGCUUUGAGGGGAGUGGUGU